GCUGUCAAAAAAGUGUAAUGUCACCAGAUUUUUGUCGAAAACGCGAAUGCAAGUUUUUCCGAUACGCUGAAACAACUAGGAGCAGCAUCAGCACAGUGCAGCAACACCAGCAGCAGCCCGUUUAUUUUAUUGAUCCACAGCGACGCCCGUCUGCCGUGCCGCAACCGUGGGAUAAAAUCGGGCCCACUAGGUGCAUCCAACAAGCGGAAAUCGAAAACGCAGUGCAGUGUGUGGUAAAAUAUCCUGGGCGUAUCGCCGAAUCGGUUUUUUGAUUCGCUGCUGCCGUCAUCAUCGUCGUCGUCAUUGUCGUGCGUGACUGGGAGGGUGUGUUUGUGCACGCGUGCUACUAGUGUACGUGCGUAUCGGUCGUGGCCGCAAACGGUAAAACAUUCCAAGCGCUUUUCCCUUCGCGAUACAGUGCAUACCGUAAUCUGGCGAUUGUUUCUGUGUUCACAAACGUGUGCAUUUGUAUGUGUAUGCGUGCGCUGGUGUGUGUGUGGGUCAUUUUCGCCCCGUGCGUACCGGAAGCACCUGAUACCCCUUGCGGAUAAGGUUGUUUCCUCUGUGUUGGGAUACGUUAGGAAGGAGAGCGUAAAAGAAAAGUACGACCCGCGGUCGUCGAUCGUGUGCUCCAGUUCCAGUGGAAAGUGUGUGGUACGUGAUCACGGUUGUUUUUCCCCGUGGAAAACGGGUUGGUGAAGAAGAGCGUGAGAGUGCGUCUCGUGUGGCCGCAGUAGUUUGUGUGUGGAAUCGGUGUAGCCGUGUGAGAUCCCACGAGUGUUUCUGUGUGCCCUGCAACAACACCGUUGUUCCAAGUGGAACGUACACGAGGGAAAGAAAGCAGGUGAAGAAAAGCCAACAACCACUCCAAAACCUCCCCCCGCUCGUCACACGAUGUCGUCAUCCGGCGAUUUUGGAAAUCCGCUGCGGAAGUUUAAGCUCGUCUUUCUCGGCGAACAGAGCGUGGGCAAAACAUCGCUAAUCACCAGGUUUAUGUACGACAGCUUCGACAACACAUACCAGGCCACGAUCGGUAUAGACUUCCUCUCGAAAACGAUGUAUCUAGAGGAUCGAACAGUGAGAUUACAGCUGUGGGACACUGCCGGUCAGGAACGGUUCCGGUCGCUGAUACCAUCCUACAUUCGUGAUUCAACCGUAGCAGUAGUGGUGUACGACAUUACAAAUGCAAAUUCAUUUCAUCAAACAUCGAAAUGGAUCGACGACGUGCGAACGGAGCGUGGUAGCGACGUGAUUAUAAUGCUAGUGGGAAACAAAACCGAUCUUUCCGACAAGCGUCAGGUGUCGACGGAAGAGGGCGAGCGAAAAGCGAAAGAACUGAAUGUAAUGUUUAUCGAGACUAGUGCGAAAGCCGGCUAUAACGUUAAGCAGCUUUUCCGAAGAGUGGCCGCCGCCCUGCCAGGCAUGGACUCAACCGAGAACAAACCGCCAGAAGACACUGUCGAUUUGCAAACUCAACCAUCGAACUCUGGCGAUCAGCAAGAUUCGGAAGGUGGCUGCAUGUGUUAAGCCUUCAUGCCUGCCAUAAAGCAACAGAACCCCCGGAUGAGAGGAAACAAACUGAUACUUCUAAUUGUAGAGCGUAACAAUUUGGCCGUCGGCUGAACGAACGAAGGAAGCAGCGAAAACAGGAAGCAAAACGACGGUAUCGGUAGCUGCAAAGAUGGAACGUUGGGUUUUGUUUCAGUCGUCCCCAAAACAUUACACAUCCCCCCAACACGAGCAGUUGUGGGUACGCUGUGAGCAAACAUUUUAGUUUUUAGGCGUUUGUUUUCCCUUCUACGCUGCCCGACCGAAGGGUUGUGGUGCAAGUGGACGCUUUUAUGCUUAAAACAACACAAAAGCACAGCUACUAAAUCAGGAACAGGAAGGGAGCUAUGUGCUAUUGUGACUACUAUUGUCUGCAAUCAUGUGUAGAAGCGUGUAGAACAAGGCAAGAGUGAGAAUAGAGAGUGCGCAAGAGAGAGAGAGAGAGAGAGAGAGAGAGAGAGAGAGAGAGAGAGAUGGAAACACAGCAAAGAAAACUGCUGCAAAGGGCUAGUAGAAAAUGGCUUAUUGGUGCAAAGGUGCAAACAAAAAUGUAACAUGGAAAGAAAGCAAGACAAAACGCAAAGCGAACGAUUCAAUUAGCUAGUGUAGAAGAGGAAAUGCAACUACACAUAAAAAUAAAACACAUGCCAAUAUGACGAGAGAAAGGAAACGAGAAAGGUCUCGGUGUAAAAAGGAGGAAAAUGUCGCCAAGAUGAAGGAAUGGUUGAACUAGAGUAAAAUGGUUUAAUACGCUGUACGUUUCUGUCUCAUAAGUUCAUAUAGAGAAUACUAGUCCUUACCUGUCAGUUGGAAUGUAUUAAUUUUUCAGCAGCUUAGUUCCAUUCCACGUCUUUCCUCUUCUGUCUGUUUGUUGAACUACUGAAAAGGACUAUGUUAUGUAUGAUUCCGACACCAGCUCUCAAAGAUUUUACGUUUGAUUUCCUUUUGUCUCUCCUUUAAAUACCGAUCGUUGCUUAUCGUGUAAAAGAAAUGUGAAGCAAACAAACUAUAAUGUGCAUGCCAACAAUGUUCCACUGCCUAAACCCAUCAUCAACGAAUGUGAAGUGCAUGCUCCUUCAUCCAUUCAUUAUCAAACGCACGGUAGGGACUCGCCUAGCACCCCAGGUUAUGCUAAGCGCGGAAUUAGGAAAUUAGCAAUUGAAUCGGGAAAUGGGUAGGGCACACAGUAAUCAUAAAUACAGAACCUAACCUAACCUAACGAUGUCAAACAGUGCGCUAAACAUUCGUUUACACCAUGUUAAAUGCUGCUUAAAGUGAGCUUUUAAGGUUGACAGGUAUCAUCAGGUGGUACGGUGGCGAACGAAGGAAACGAUGAUUUAGGAACUGCAGCGUGAAUAUUAGAUAACAUAUUAAAAAGUAACAUACAAGUAAAAUGAAACCAACACAACAACCGCAACCGAAAAUAUGCACUCACACAGAACACAGACACAAGAACUGAAUGGAGGGGAAAACGGAUCAUCAAUACUAUCCUCGCACAUUUAAGCUGUAGGAACAGUGCCAGUGAAAAGCUACUCGUGGAGAAGCAUGGUACGACGUAACCAAAUACGGAAAGUCUCUAUUAUCUUCAAAUAUUAAAUCUAAACCAAUUAUUACUUAAAACAAAACGACAGCAGCUAAUGUUAAACACAAAAAUAACACGCGAAAGCGAAUAGCACGGACAUGCACGUUCGUGAAGGAGGAUUGAGUUUUUUUUCAUUUGCUUACUG